AUGCGUUUCUUAAAAUCUUUUUUCAAACUCAAAUUAUUUACUUUAUUCUAUUUCUUCUCAUGCAUCUUCGCAUUUAAUGAUACUCAAACUCAACCGACUGUGCCGAAUUCAUCUCUGCAAACUAUAACACCAACAAAUUCCCAUAUCACUGAGAUUAACUUAAUGUCAUUACCAACAUCUACAUCAUACGAACCAGCUACAAUAACAACACCAAAAGUUAAGCAAACUGAUGUAGUUCACGACAUUGAAUCAAGUCAGUUAACUCAAAUACGUGUUAUUACCAAAUACCAUCAUGCUUCGAGUAUGCUUGCAUCACCAACAAGUAAUCAUAAUUUACCAGCAAGGGAAACUGUGACGCCGGGUGUUUCUAGCUCUUCCGGACUUGUAAGAAUCUGGUGGAGAAAUUUUCCUGAAUAUGAAGGGUAUAGAAAAACAAUUCUUGCUUCAUGGAUAGUAAUUAAUUUUUUUGCCUAUUUGUUUUUGUUUGGAAAUUAA